CAGGACCCACCACAACAACUGUAGGUCCCACAACUACAACACAAUCUACUACCACACCAGCAGGACCCACCACAACAACUGUCGGUCCCACAACUACAACACAAUCUACUACCACACCAGCAGGACCCACCACAACAACUGAAGGUCCCACUACAACAAUAAAAUCAACAACCACACCAGCAGGACCCACCACAACAACUGAAGGUCCCACUACGACAACAAAAUCAACAACCACACCAGCAGGACCCACCACAACAACUGAAGGUCCCACUACGACAACAAAAUCUACCACCACACCAGCAGGACCCAACACAACAACUGAAGGUCCCACUACAACAACAAAAUCAACAACCACACCAGCAGGACCCACCACAACAACUGAAGGUCCCACUUCGACAACACGAUCGACAACACGAUCUACCACCACACCAGCAGGACCCACUACAACAACUGAAGGUCCCACUACGACAACAAAAUCAACAACCACACCAGCAGGACCCACCACAACAACUGAAGGUCCCACUACAACAAUAAAAUCUACCACCACACCAGCAGGAUCCACCACAACAACUGAAGGUCCCACUACGACAACACAAUCUACCACCACACCAGCAGGACCCACCACAACAACUGUAGGUCCCACAACUACAACACAAUCUACUACCACAUCAGCAGGACCCACCACAACAACUGAAGGUCCCACUACGACAGUAAAAUCUACAACAACAUCAGCAGGACCCACCGCAACAACUGAAGGUCCAACUACUCCAGGUCAAACUACAGUAUGCUUCUGUGUUGUCAAUGGCAAGCAUUAUAGACCAGGGGAAAUCAUUCUAGACAUGGAACACAUUGGAUCAGGAGUAUGUCUCACUAUGAUAUGUUCAGAUAUUUGUGAGAUUAAUAAUAAGACUGAGCCUUGCUGGACCACACCCUUGCCAAAACCUACCCCCUCUGUACCUACCUGCCCAGACUGGGAAGUCGCACAAAAUGAGACCUUCUUGCUGUGCAACUGCACUAUGGCAAGAUGCAUUGAAAACAACACAAUAGAAAUAAUUCCCUACGAAUGUCCACCCUUAAAGAAUAUCACUUGUACCAAUGGAAAGAAACCUGUUCUUGUUUCUGAUAAAGACCACUGCUGCCAUCAUUACGCUUGUGACUGUGAAUGUAAAGGCUGGGGAGAUCCUCAUUACAUCACAUUUGAUGGAUUAUACUACAACUAUCAAGGGAAUUGUACUUAUGUCCUAAUGGAGGAGAUUAAACCAAAACAUAACUUGAAGAUUUAUAUUGACAACAUCUACUGUGAUCCCAUUAAACAUGUUUCCUGCCCGCGAUCAUUAAUUAUAUCCUACAUAUCAGAGGUGAUCGUACUCAAGAGUCAAAAUCUUGUUAGAGCAGCAGAGCUGGAGGCAUUCAAAGACGAAAAACGCUUGCAACUUCCCUAUAUACAACAAGGCAUUAAGAUCUUCAAUUCUGGCAUCACCUUGAUUGUGGAGAUUGUGCCAUUGGAAGCCAUUAUUACUUUUGGAUUAAGUGACUUUACAGUCAGUCUACCUUAUAAAUAUUUUGGCAGCAACACACAAGGCCAAUGUGGUACGUGCAACAACAACAAAGCAGAUGACUGCAUGUUGCCUGGAGGGCAGCUAGUGCAAAGCUGUGGCAUAAUGGCUGACUUUUGGCCUGCACAAGAUAUUUAUCAACCAAACUGCCAGAUACCACCUGUGAUACCAACCGAUACACCUGAACCCCCACCCACAGUGACUCCAUGCAAGCCGGACUCUGACUGUGAUCUGCUUCUGAGCAGUGUUUUUGAAGAGUGCCAUCCUUUUGUCGAUCCAGACAAUUACUAUCAAGGCUGUGUUUUUGACAGUUGCCAUGUGUCCAACCCAGCAGUAGAAUGCACAAGUUUGCAGACCUACGCUGCCGCUUGUGCUCAGGCCGGUGUUUGUCUGCACUGGAGGAAUCACACCACACACUGUGAAAGUGACUGUCCAUCUGACAAAGUCUACAAACCAUGUGGUCCUGUUGAACAGCCAACAUGUGAAGACAGUCCUAGUGUACCACCGCUGGACUACAUAACUGAAGGCUGCUUUUGUCCUGAGGGAACAAAACUCUUCAACAAAGAAUCAGGCAUAUGUGUUGAUAAGUGUGGGUGUCUUGAUCCUGAGGGUAUUCCUCGUGAGUUUAAUGAAAGGUUUGAGUACAAAUGCCAAAACUGCAUCUGCGAGGAGACCACCAAGGCCAUAACAUGUGUACCUAAGGUGUGCCCAUCAUUACCUGUAGCCAACUGCACAGCUCCAGGCUUUGUCAUUAUCAACGAGACCAAUCCUGCGGACCCUUGCUGUAGCAUCUUAGUUUGCCGAUGUCACAGCAACACUUGUCCAGUCAUCGACAUGAUGUGUCCAGUUGGCUAUGCUGCAGUUGUCCAUGUGCCGGAGGGAAAAUGCUGUCCAGAACACACAUGUGAACCGAAAAUGGUUUGCAUCCACAAAAAUGCUGUAUACCAGCCUGGUGAUACGGUCCCCGUGGUUCCAUGCCAGGAUUGUACUUGUACCAACGUUGUGGACCCCAAAUCUGGUUUCUUAAAAAUAAACUGCGAGAUUCAGCAAUGUCGAGAAAAUUGUGAACAGGGUUAUAGAUAUGCUGAAGCCAAGACAAAUGAAUGCUGUGGAAGGUGUAUACAGACACACUGCAUCUUAAAUAUUCAUGGAACUGAGCACCUCCUGAAGCAAGGAGAUACGUGGUCACCAUCACAUGAUAUGUGUGAGCAUUACACCUGUGUGAAAAGUAAUGAGACAUUAACAGCUGUCGGCACACACAUUGUGUGUCCACCAUUCCAACAAAGCAACUGCCAACCUGAUACAAUUCAAACUGCAGCAAAUGGCUGUUGUAAAAUCUGUGUGGAGCGGGAGAAGGCGUGCAAGCUGGUGCCCACUAACAAGUAUAUCACACACAAGAACUGUCAGUCUGUUGAAAAGGUAGACAUUCCAUAUUGUGAAGGCUCCUGCAACACUUACACAAAAUACUCAGAGGAGGCGUCCGCUGUGCAGCCUACCUGCUCCUGCUGCAAGGGCGUCCGAUACAGCAAUCGCACUGUAGACUUGCUGUGUUUGAACGGAGACAUGGUUCCUUACUCCUACAUUCACGUUGAUGAGUGUAGUUGCACUCUCAGCGACUGCACCAGACCUGUGGGAGCUCCCGCUAGACGGAGGAGAAGCUUCACUCUUUUGUAAUUUCAAAAUCACAUGUAUGGAUGUUAGGAGAAGACACUCUUCCCUGCCCUUUGAGCCAACAAUCAUCACACUGCUUAUAAAACAAAUCUUUAUCUGCAUUUCCUUGAAUAAAA